AAUGACAUCCUAUUCAUGCCACAUAUCGUGGCACAAAAGUUCAUAUUAUUGUAAAUUUACCAAUAUCUUUCUAAUAUCAUCAUUUCUCUCACAGAGUAAUAUGGACGUGGAUAUGGCAUCAUCGUCAACGCCAACCAUGCGCUCGGCAGUUUCCGCCCCUCGCUCCGAAGCUGCCCCAAUAGCAGCACCCCGGACCAACAUGGCACCGGCAGCGCCUCGAACAACAACAGGCGCCACCGCGACAACGGCUCCGCGUCAAAGCACGCCAGCAUUACCAGCGGAUCUGCAACUAAUUCGUUGUCCACUAUGCCGCCGCCCGCAUCGGCUAUCGCACUGCGGUAUCUUCAAAGGCAUGCCGCCGAUGCAACACCAGCAGGUGGCACAGGCGCACGGGUAUUGCCUGAAUUGUCUGGCAACUUCCCAUGCAACUCAGGAGUGCCCAUCAAAUAAUCGUUGCCAAAUCUGUGUGCGGGCUCACCAUACGCUGUUGCACCGCACUACCAGACGCGACUCCGGGCGACCACCGGCUCCUCGCACCAGCGGUAACGUCAGGCGUUCUCAAAGAACGCCUGUGACGGCUUAUCGCCGGCGUGGACACUUUCCAGCAGAAUCUCGUUCCUGGCGCCAAAACCGGACAACGUCAACACGGCGCCAUCAGCUUAGGCCGCAAUCCCGGCGGUCAACAGGCCUCAGCAGCGUUGUAGCUACGCUACAGCAGCUACAGCGGCUUCUAGGCUAAAUACUCGCCUAGGGGGGCCGGGAUGGCUAAAUGAGUAGCGACGUCACAUCAGAUGUACAUCAUUUCACCACACCGAAUCACAUUAACACACACACACGCACAUGCACCAAAACGCGAUGACGUUCUACGUUCUAAUUAGAACAAAAAGACAAG